GUUUUUCACUUCUUUUGCUCAACGUCUAUUUUAAGAUAUCAAAAUGUCCGGACGCGGGAAGCAAGGCGGAAAGGCCCGAGCUAAGGCUAAGACCCGCUCUUCUCGGGCGGGGCUCCAGUUCCCUGUGGGCCGAGUGCACCGCUUGCUCCGCAAGGGCAACUACUCCGAGCGAGUUGGGGCCGGCGCGCCGGUGUAUCUGGCGGCGGUGCUGGAGUACCUGACUGCCGAGAUCUUGGAGCUGGCGGGCAAUGCGGCCCGCGACAACAAGAAGACCCGCAUUAUCCCCCGACACCUGCAGCUGGCCAUCCGCAACGACGAGGAGCUAAACAAGCUGCUGGGUAAAGUCACAAUUGCUCAGGGCGGUGUCCUGCCCAACAUCCAGGCUGUAUUGCUCCCCAAGAAGACUGAGAGCCACCACAAGGCCAAGGGCAAGUAAAACGAGAAUUUGUAUAUUGAUUUUUUACGGAGGCAAUCUUAACCAAAGGCUCUUUUCAGAGCCACCCAUGUAUUCAUUAAAAGGGCUCACAGUUUUUUCUAUGUCAGCUAUUUUGCAGUUUUCUUUAGUAAUUCUUCCACCUAUAAGUGGGUGUCCUUACACUGUGCACCAUGAAACUAACCGUCCAUUUUAAAGUUGCUAUAAAAAUAGUUAAGCAAAUUGGCGGGGCGCUGUGGCUCACGCCUAUAAUCCCAGGACUUUGUGAAGGCCGAGGCUGGCGGAUCACAAAGUCAGGAGUUCCAGACCAGCCUGACCAACAUGGUGAAACCCCGUCUCUACUAAAAAUACGAAAAUUAGCCGGGCGUGGUGGCGCGCGCCUGUAAUUUUAGCUAUUCCGUUUACGUGUACAAGGUGCUCAACUAAGGAGGUUGAGGCAGGAGAAAAGCUUGAACU